AAAUAAAAUAUAAUUGAAUAUAAUAUGCAAUUCAGAGCAAAAAGUAUGUCAGAAGCCCUGACAGCAUGUAAAAUCAAUUCUAAUAGUGGCAUUUUUAAUAAUUAAACAUAACCUAUACCACAUCCUUGAUGUGGGCAUCUUAACAGACAGACACCAUUGAAGCUGAUCUAGUGCAUACUAAAGGUGCACUUCAGAACCACGCAAAAUGUGCAUCGACAGCUGUGGAUUGUGUCGUUCAUAAUGAUGAAUAAUCUGACGUUUUUUCAUUUGUGUUUAAUGCUGCCUGAAAAUGACCGUGUUUGUCUCGCGCAUGGCUAAAUCUCCCGUCGAGAUCUUCCUGUCAGCAUCCCACCGUUACUAUGAUAUCUGUGUGUGGAGCGAUCGCGCCUGGAGGUGAAACAAGAGGCAUUUGAUUGAACAUGAGUGCAAGCGCUCGGUGUCGAUGGAGUCCCUGAACGCUGUGGAGCUCCGUGAACUGGGGGAUGGGAGCAGGCGAGAACAUACUCAGGCCUCCUCAGGACCGCGGCCUGCCACCGGCAUCGAAAACGCAUCGUUUGAGGAUGAGGACCCGGGAACGAGGAUCCGCGUUACCUCCAGAACAUCUGGAAUUGACUAUCAGUCAAAUCCGCUGCCUAUUCAGAGAGAAGUGCCGUCACCGCGGACUGAAGACGAACCUGAGCUUGAAUACAACGACCAAUCGGUGGACUACGGGUUCAUAUUCGCGCUAGUUUUCCUCGUAAGCGGAAUCAUAUUAGUGGUAAUCGCAUAUACAAUCCCAAGAGAGGUUAAAGUCAACCCGGACCAAGUGACAGCGCGCCAGAUGGAGAAACUAGAGAUGUAUUAUGCACAACUCGGUUCUCACCUCGACAAAUGCAUUAUUGCGGGACUUGGUUUGCUCACUCUGGGAGGAAUGCUCUUAUCCGUUUUAUUAAUGGUGUCUAUAUGCAAAGGGGAACUGUAUCGGCGGAGGACUUUCGCUAGAAGACCCAUGAAAUCUUAUGGAUCCAUUAAUAUGAGGAUGAGGCAGCUAGCUGAAGGUGAUGGAAGGGAGACGCUCGUGGAAUGUGAACCGAACGUCACCGCCGACGCCGCGAACGGUAAUCAGGUUCCUUCGGAAACACUAAACACGUAGCACAACUGAAUCACAUUGAUAAAACACUUUUGCAUUCCCAAAAGGAAAUAGUGCUUGCAAGGCAGCAUAAAUAACAUCUUUAGGAAAUUUUUCGUUUUUGGCUUCAAUUAUCAGUAA